ACUCGAUGAUCUUUUCCAAAAUAAUUGACUCUGUGAUUGUGGUUCUGCUUCUGUGGUCUCUUUCUCCUCUGCUUUAUGGGAAGGAUUAUGUGGGUUAGUAGUUUAGGAUUAUUUCCCUGUCUGAUUGUACCUGACAAUGUCAGUUGCUUUAUUUGUGGUGGUCUUCUGUAGUGCUUUACUUUGUUACACGGAUUUCUGAAGUGUGCUGCAGGGUGGAAGAAUUAAGACUCCUGCCUGCAUAAUGCAGCUGUCACAACCCUCAGAACUGGGGACAAAAGAUUGUCUGACACUAUUACGUACACUUGAAACAAGAACAGAAGCUGUAUCUUCAUUCUAUGUCAAGCAGGAGUGCAGCUUGCACCCACUUCCCAAUUUUAUGUUUUAUGGAAGGCUGUCAUGAGAGGCAGACAUCCUGGCAAGAAAUGCCAUGAUUAAGUUGGUACUGAAGGCUGGCAGGUGCAGGAGAGUAGGCUUGCUGUUACACUAGAUCUACUUACAGUUUUUAGGAACCUACACUUCUUAAAAAAUGUGUGUAUCCUGAGCAAACCAUAGUCACAGGCCACUUUCAAGCGCCUGUAAAAAAUAUUAUGAGAUGUUGGCAGAUAGGUCUAAAAUAAUUACUGUCAGAUCACAAACAGGAUGACCAAUUUGUUACAAAAGACUGGAAUAUAUGCCACUUUCUAGGGCUUUUCCAGAUGUUGCCUUGGAUUGAGUACGAUCAUAACAGAAAUAAACAAGAUAUAAUUGAAUAUGUCUUCAGAAAAAAACGUGCAGUGAAACAGGCUCUGGUUUCCAUCAUCUGAGGUUUCCUGUGUAUGGGAGAAAAUGAAACCAGACACAUGCUAAUUCCUAUUUGUGAACUCAGUGAAUGCUGAUGUGUGUGAGGAAUUGGACAGCUCUUGGGAAGGUGGAGUAACAGAGGAAUGGCCAUUCAGCUGACUUUUACCUGUCUGUGGCCAGCUUUCUCCAUGUUCCUCUUUUCCAUGAGUUCUUCCGGUCCUUGUUUGCAGGGAGGGCUAUGAGGGAGUGUAAGGGGAAAUCAAUAAAGAUGAGGCAGAAUUGGAUACUAACUAGGGAAAACAUAAGAACGGUGCAAGCAUGGAGUGGUGCUUCCAUGGUGUACUCUUGCUGUUGGUGAUCGUUUUGAGGUCAGAAUCAUGCUGAACAAAGGGCAGUGGUUUGGUUUUAAUAACCAUAGUAGCUUUUCCUGUGGAUUUUUCCAGUUGCCUCUUGAAUCCAUAUGACAUUGUAGCAUUGACAACAGCUUGUGACAAGGCUGGUGACAUUUUGUGAAGAACACCCUGUGGUACCUGUGAGGCAAACACCCGCUGGUUGGAUUUGGUAGUCUUCAGUUCUGUCGUGGAAUGAGAUAGUGAACCUGAUCCCUGCUCAUUUCCCUGCACCUGUAAGAGAUUUAUAGACCAUUUGUAGUGGAAAUGAAGUCUUCUGUCAUCUUCAGGUGGUUGAGGCAUAUAGAAUUUUUGAACAAAAAUGUAUGAAAUUUGUAACAAUUUGGUGAAUUAUUUCAUGCAAUUUUGAAUAAUGUUUAAAAAAGACAUUUAAAGACAGUUCUAAAAGCACUGCCAUAUCCUUAAUGUUCAUUCUUCAAUCUCUACCUAUGUAAGUCUAUAUCAAAUUUACCACUCGACUCCUUCUGUAAAGCUGUGCUCUUUUGAGAGCUGGGUAAAGCAGCUCUUUCAUUUUGAAGAUUUAGUAAACUUUUUUCUUAUGUUAAUACAUUUUCAAGUAAGGCUGAAUGUUCUGUUACAGUAUGUGUAUUACACAUCUCUUGACAUAUGUGUGAUCUUGCAACCAAAGUGAUUCUCUUUUAUUGGCAUAAUUUUUUAGCUAGUUUUCUGAUUUUGCUGUUAGGAAGCUGAGGAAAAAGUACAUCUUUUCAAGGGGUGGGUUUUUAAGAUGAUGGUAACAAAACCUGGCUGACUGGUGUUCUUAAGAUCGUUCAUCUAAACACAAUUUUCACCUUAUGUGAUUUUGUAGUAUAUAAGAGAAUAUAUUAAGGGUUCAGUGGAGGCUUAUCUCCUGUUAGAGAGCCUAAUUUCUCUAAAUGUAAAUAGGAGUCUUUAAGAAAGUUUUGUUCUAGAUUUAUGCAAAUAUUUAUAUACAUAUAGAAUAGACAUAAAAAUUGAAAUAAUACCUGUCAAAACGUCCUUAUCCUUUGUCCGUUGUCUGUGCAUACAUGCUGUUGUUAGUGGUAUUUAUGUUCUUUGUCCUUAGGAGUUAUAGGAGCAAAGCAACUAUGGUGAGAUUGAAUAUUGAAAAUAUUAAUGCUUUGGAAAUACAGCUGUGGUUUGUGUUGUGUUGUGUUAUGUUCCCAAAGUGUCCUGAUCAGAGGAUAUUACAGAAUGAUUAAACAUAGAGUAUGAGAUAGCUCAACAUGAACUUUAACCGUCAAGAUCAUUUAAAAAGUGAACAGAACAAUAGUUUUUCUUCUGAGAGCUGGCUACAGGAUUCUGAGUUUCUCCUGCAGUGCAGUCAUAUUCACUACCUUUUCCUGAAACAGGACAUGGAGCUUUGUUUCUUUCUUCAUGUUAGGUGCUAACAAAGUUAUUUGUUUCAUCAGAGGAAAUGCAGAUCCAUGAAAUUACAUUUUGUGCAAAUGAUCAAAGCACUUGGUACAGGAGGGAAUUCUCUUGUGAAGUGCUGAAAUAACAAGUGCACCUGAUAAAAGCCCAGAGGUUGUCGUUAACUCUGUCGGCAAUGUCUAUGAUCUUGUCUGCCUCUGUGGUCCGUGUGAGGGAUGGGCUCCCACUGUCUGCAUCCACUGACUAUGAGCAGAGCACAGGAAUGCAAGAAUGUAGAAAAUAUUUUAAAAUGCUCGCAAAGAAACUUUCUCAGCUUCCUGAUAGGUGUACUCUGAAAACUGGACAGUAUAACAUAAACUUUAUAAGUUCCCUGGGAGUAAGCUAUAUGAUGUUGUGCACUGAAAAUUAUCCCAGUGUCCUGGCUUUCUGCUUCCUGGAUGAGCUUCAGAAAGAGUUCAUCACUACCUACAAUAUGAUGAAGACAAAUACUGCAAUCAGACCAUACUGUUUUAUAGAGUUUGAUAAUUUCAUUCAGAGGACCAAACAGAGAUACAACAACACGCGUUCUUUGUCAACAAAGAUGAAUCUUGCUGACAUGCAGACAGAGAUCAAACUGAGACCACCUUACCAAAUUUCCGUGUCAGAACUUGGCUCAGCAAAUGGCUUUGCACAUAUAUCUGUGGGGGAGUAUAAGGGUACUGGUAAGAUAUCUGCAGCUCCUCAUCAGCGUCUGGAACCUGUGACUCUGCCAGGGAUUGUCUCAUUUGUGCUUAGUCUGUUAUGUGGAGCUUUGAAUUUAAUUCGUGGCUUUCAUGCCAUUGAAAGCCUUCUCCAGAACGAAGGUGAAGAUUUCAGCUAUGUUAUUGCAUUUUUUCUUGGAACGGCAGCCUGUUUGUACCAGUGUUACCUGUUUGUAUACUACACGGGCUGGAGGAAUGCCAAGUCCUUCCUGACCUUUGGGCUGAUUUGCCUGUGUAACAUGUAUCUGUACGAACUGCGCAACCUGUGGCAGCUCUUCUUUCACGUGACUGUGGGAGCAUUUUCUACCUUACAAAUCCGACUGCGACAACCACAGGGAAAGUCCCCUGAUUACAAUGUCUGACAAGUCCUGGAACAUUUAGAGGAAGUUUUGUUCCAGUAGUUUUUCACUCUCAGGAAUGUAAAACUGUUCUCCAAAAGAAGAAGCUGUUUGGAUGGUUUUGGUUUUUUUUUAAAAUAAAUCAGUGUAAGAUGCCUGUGGACAUUUUUCACUUGAUGGUUGAACUUUUUUUUAAUUAUUUUUUUAUUUUCUUGAAAAGGGCACAAAAGAGUAUGGGACUAGAGGAGGAAAGUGGAGCAUAUCAUGGAGUGAAAUGUAUGUAGGGACACCAAUUUUGAGGAAUUUGAUUGGUGGCAUAAAAAAACUUCAUUCAAAAGUAUGUUAAUGGAGGAAUGUAUAGAGUAUGUGUUCUGCAUAUCAUGCAAGCUUUUCACUUCCAAAAUCAGUUUUGCCUUUGUGAGGCAGUAGGGAAUAGGCUAAAUAAGUAAUAAUAAUAAUGCUAUUGCAUAUUAGCAAACUAGAUGUGGAAUAUGUAAGAUACCAGAUUUUGGAAUGUUUUGUUUCAUGUUGACACAUAUAUGAAUGUUUUCUUAAUUAAAAUGUAACCUGGAAACUCAGUUUCUGAGGAUCAGCUUCACCCAUGGCCCUCUGUCUAGUGCUGUAAGUUCUUUAAUGUUUUUUCAUUUAUCAUUUUCUUUUAAUUAUCAUUUGAAAGUGAUCUAUGUAGGCAGAGUUCCUUUUUAGUAAUUAUUCAAAAAGUUCUGCCACUUAACCCAGGAUUUUUGUGCACUUGUGUUUGGACUCUGGAAGGGUUGAAAGAAAACUGAUUGGUGAGUAAAUUGAGUGACUUGUACUUGCUGGACUAUUGUUCUUCUUUUUAUAUGUUCUUCAUUACUUUCAGAUAUGGAUAAAUGAUUAGCUCAAACCUGAGAUAAAAACUGGUGACAGGAAAAUAAUAAAUCAGCCUGUUUAGCUUAAACAAGAAAA